UUUCUUGUGAAUUCUAUAUGGCAGGGAAUAUUGGAAAAGGAUCCAGUUUACUUCCCAGAACGUUGUUCACACAUUUUCUUUUCAAUUAUCCAAUUCUUGAUGAUGCAUUUGAAUUAACUUUUGAUGUCCAAAUUAAUAAGUUUAUUUCUUCAGUUUCCCUUCUGUAUGUCUAACCAGAUCUUUGCAUGUCUUUCAACCUAAGUGUUUUAUAUAUAUUUUCUUGGAUCUUGAUCAUAUGCAUUUCAGAGGUUAACUAUAUAUUAUUACCAAUAUUAAAAACUAAAUAUUUUCUUCUUCUUCCUCUAUCUUUUUUUUUUUUUUUUUUAUCAUUUGCUGGAUCGAAAAGAAGUUUAGCAUUGAAUAUCUCAGAGAAGUCAUUUAAUAUUGCAACAAAUAUGAAGGAAAUUGUAACUCCUUCAAUUUUAUAUUGCUGAUUUGAAGGGUUUAUUCAUUAAUGUUACAUAAUACUGACUUGUCAAAAGAAAGACUAUCGGAUCCAAUAAUUAAUCUGAAUGUUCCAAGUCAAUGUCUGGGUUAUGAUCUAUAACAUCUUCUUUUUGGAAAAGUAAACGUCAGGGAAAUUAUUGAGGCCUGAGGGCUCCAUUGAAGUGCUAAUAAGAAGGAUAAUUAAGUUGGGUAAAAGAGCAUAUAAAUUGGAUAUUGCAUAGAAUUAUUGAUGGUGUUGGUAGAUAUUUCUGUAGAAGAAACUAUGAUUUGUGGCCCAAAAAAAAGUGUGAAUGUAAGAAUAAAAACAAGCUGCUAGAAGACAAAUUAUGCUUGAAAUAGUUGAUGUAAUCGUGCAUUCAUAAUAGUGUUUGACAUUAAUGUUCUUUAAUAUCUCACUGCUUGGUAAGUAAGCAAUCUAUCUAUAGCUAUCAUCAACCAGAAGGGUGUCCUAAGCUUAACAUUACACUGUUCUUUUUUCUCCUUGACAGAUGCAAAAGUGAUGAGAAGAAGAUAAAAUAUAUUACACCAAUCGGGAAAGGUGAUCCAGAUGCAUUUCUGAGAACAGAUUCUUUAAAAGGAAGGAUUCAGUGUACAAUUUAGAGGCUAACUCAAGAACAAGCUAUAGAAACGAACUUAAUGGAGAAUUUUCUUAGGCCCUAUGACAAGGAAUGCAUGAGAAUGGCCAUGUUGAAACAUGAAGAAACAUUCAAAGAGCAGGUUCAUGAACUUCAUCGACUCUAUCGAAUCCAGAAGAUACUGAUGAGGAACAUUGGCAACAACAGGACUAAUACACAUUCUGAAGAAUUAUGCAACUUAAAGAAUAGCAUUAGUUUUGCACAGACUAAUCAUGCUCGUGAGAUGCAACAGAAGCCCAUAACGAAACUAGACUUGGAAAGGCCAGCUGAAGACUAUGCUGCGGAAUCAUCAUGCAGGAAUAGAGUCUUAGAGCUUAUAGAUGAGAGUGAGAUUGAGCUAACGCUGGGCCCGUCAAGCUACUAUAACCGAAGGAGGAAGAACCCGGAGACACCACUAACAUCAGAUUCAGGACCAAGCUUCUCUUCAUCUUCCACUGGAUCCAGCCAUAUAAACAGGGCAAGUUCCUUGAGGCAUCGUCAGAUAAUGAAUACAAAAAGAGAAGAAUCAGAUGGACGCGAAUUGGGGCUCGUUCAGGUUCCUGACAUUACCACGUUGGGUGGAUACCGGAGUGAAAAUAAAACAAGUGUUGAUGUUGAUGAACAAUUGAGACAGGAGAGAUUAAAACAGCCUCCUUGGCUUUUCCAAGUUUUGGGUCUGAACAUGACUUGAUGAAAAAAAUUAUCUAAAAAGUCCAUAUAUAAUAUGAUAAGAUUAUAGAAUGAUUGCUAGAUGCUAAUUCCAUCAUUUAUGCUUGUAUGAAUUUUUCUGUUUAGUCUGUUGCCCAAUGGGUUACCUGUGUAGAGAUGACUUGUUUUUUUCUUGACUUGCAAAAUGCAAUAUUAAGAUCCAAAGAUGGACUGUUCUUGGAUCUUCAAAUCAAUUAUCAUAGUUGCUGAUGCAAUUGAAAUUUCUGUAA